AUGAGUGAACAGCUCAAAUUCAUCGUUGAACAACUCAACAAGGACCCGUUCAAGAAAAACUUUAACCUCAUCACGUUUGACUCCCUCGAACCGAUGCAGCUCCUGCAGAUUUUAAACGAUGUUCUGGCUGAAAUAGAUCCAAAGCAAGCUAUAGAUAUCCGUGAAGAAAUGCCCGAGCAGACUGUGAAGAGGAUGUGUGCUCUCCUGGGGAUGCUGAAAUAUAAACCUCCAGGAAACCAGUCUGAUGUGAGUGGUUUUAGACAGGGUCUGGUUACUGGCAGCAAACCCGUGGUCCACCCAAUCCUUUACUGGCUGCUGCAGAGAGUCCCUGAGUUGAAGAAAAGAGCGUACUUGGCUCGAUUUCUUGUGAAACUGGAGGUACCUGCAGAGUUCCUGCAGGAUGAUGUCAUCAAUGAUACCUAUCACCAGUAUGAGGAACUGGUGGAAGGUUUUAAGACAUACCAUAAGGAGUGUGAGCAGCUGAGGACUUCUGGCUUCUCCACAGCAGAGAUAAGAAGGGACAUCGGUGCAAUGGAGGAAGAGAAAGACCAACUAAUCAAACGUGUGGAGAGGUUAAAGAAGAGGGUGGAGUCAGUGCCCAAUCAUCAACGGAUGCUGGAGCAGGCCAGGCAGCUGCGAGUGGAGAAGGAGAGAGAGGAGGCACUGGCUCACCAGAUGCAAGAACAGAAAAACCAACUGUUUCAAGCAGAGCAGAGACUACAGAGAUCGCAGCAGCAGUUGAAGGAUUUGCGGCAGGCAGCAGCAGAUGCCAGUCCAGAGAGCUUAAUGAAACGACUUGAAGAGGAGAUCAAGAUCAACUCCUACAUGGUCUCUGAGAAGCUCCCCAAGGAGCUGGACAGCAUGAGGCGAACAGUGCAGUACCUUCAGAAGGUGGCGUCUGAGCCUGCCAUGGGCCAGGCCGACCUGCAGGAACUGGAGGACAAGAUCAGAGAAGUUGAUUCACAGAUAAAUCAACUGAUUGAGAAGAGGAUGAUGAGAAACGACCCGAUGGAUGACAAACUGACUCUGUACAGGCAGCAGGCCUCCAUCAUCAUUCGAAGGAAGGAGGCAAAAGCAGAGGAGCUUCAGGAAGCAAGGGAGGAGCUGGCGACAGCUGAGCGGGAGCUGAGACAGAGGACCAGCCAGGGCCGAGGUGGAGAUGGAGAGGAGGUCAUCAGAGGUGAUGAGCUGAAACGUUUGGUGGGGAAACUGCGCAGCAAGGGAACGGUUUACAAGAAGAAACGUCAAGAAAUAACUGAGAUGAAAGCAGAAUAUGGAGUUCUACAAAGAACGGAGGAGAUUCUCAAGCAGAGACAUGAGACUGUCCAACAGAAGCUGCAAAGUGUGGAAGCUGAGAAGGGCAUCUCUGGCUACAGUGACACUCAGGAGGAACUGGAAAGGGUGUCAGCCAUUAAAAGUGAACUAGAUGAGAAGAAAGGCCGGGCACUGGAUGACAUGUCUGAAAUGGUGAAGAAAUUAAACUCUAUGAUAGUGGAGAAGAAGUCCGCUUUAGCUCCGAUCAUAAAAGAACUGAGAUCACUGAGACAGCGGUGUCAGGAGCUCAGCCAGGAGUACGAGGAGAAGAAGGCACAAUAUGAAAGUUGUGCUGCUGGUCUGGAGAGCAAUCGAUCCAAAUUAGAACAGGACGUUAAAGUGCUGCGAGAUGCGACGGCGCAGGAUGAAAACCAAUACCAUUAUAUCAACUGCAUGUCCGAGAUCAUUGAGAUGCAAAUACAGCGGGCGGCUGAUGAGAUGAAGGCCUACGUGUCCUCUGAUCCGCAAGAGAGGAAGAAGGCCAUCAGGGAAGUGUACAUGAAAAACAUUGCAGAGCAGGAGUUACUUGGCAAGAAGUUACGUGAAAAGCAGAAGAUGGUGAAGGAGAGCCACAGCAGUAACUUGGAGCAGGUGAAGAUGUGGCGUGACCUGCAGCAGCUGAUGGAGUGUAAGAAACAGUGUUUCAUCAAGGCCCAGAACCAGGCGUCCAUCGGCCAGGUCAUCCAGGAGGGGGAGGGGGACCGGCUGGUGCUGUGAGGACACGCCCAGGUGGGGUCAACAGCCAUUCACAUGUUCUAUGUUUAAUGCUUUACACCUUUGUUUCAUAUCUGUAAACACUAAAGAAAUAUUGUAUGUGAGCUGUUAUUGUAUUACCUUCACUCUUCAUCCAAAAUACUGUUGAGUUUGAGGAUGACACUGUUUAAAAUGUUUUAUGAAUCCAGAACUUAAAGUAACACAUGUAACAGGAGGUGUUGCAGGACAAGGGUUUUACUUUCUCUGGCCCACUCCACACUCCAUUUUGACACAUCUUUAAGGAUACACUUUCGAUCAAAGUGUUCAAAGAUAACAGUGUACAAAGUGCUGCACUUGGGAUGUGACCGCGGUCAACUAUUUAUGGCAGUAGCCACAGUGACCUUGGACAGAGCGUCUUGCCAAUUUUGGAAUUCACUGGGACCUCCUCUGUGAGAUGCACAUGAAGGAGUCGAAAUAUACUGAUUGUUGGCAUUUCUACAUGAUAUUUAUGUAUCGGAGAUAUUUUCGACUGAGAACAGAUAGCUUAAUAUUUUUGUCUGUAUUUCUAUUAAAUAUAUUCUUCCUUUA